CUUGCAAAUACUUGACCGAGAAUUCGAAAAAUGACCGGGAAGUUCAAAACAAGAAUAAGUUCAGCAACGUAAUUAUUUGCUUAAAAAAAUCUCAAAAUGUAAUUUAUUGAAAGAAUAAUGGGAAAUUUUUUCAGUCCAUCUAGUUCGCCGAAAGACCCGCAUAAAAUUGCGGUGACAGAAGAGAGAAAACGAAAAAGAACCGAAGAUGACCAGGAUCGUAGUUAUUUAGGACUGUUGAACACGCCUAAAAGGAAAAGGAUCAAGUCAACGUCAAAAUAUAUCUACCAGACAUUGUUCCUGGAGGGAGAAAACAGUGAUGUUACAAUUAGGGCUCUGGAUCGGGACUGGAAGCUGCAUAAACUCUACCUCAAACAGUCGCCUUACUUUGCCAGUAUGUUUAAUGGAUCAUGGAAAGAAUCUGAUCUGGAGACAAUACAAAUUGAUAUCAUUGAUGAAAAUAUCAGUGAGGAUGCUCUAAAAAUAGCAUUUGGAUCUCUGUAUAAAGAUGAUGUUUUCCUGAAGCCAGUACAGAUUGUCAGUGUAUUAGCAGCUGCCACCCUAUUUCAGUUGGAGAGUUUGAUUCAGCAGUGCAGUAUUAUGAUGAAAGAAACAAUGAGUUCAUGUGCAGUUUGUGUGUACUACUCUGCUAGUCAAGAAUAUGGUUUAGAAGAUAUGCGUGUGAAAUGUUUGAACUGGCUCACUAGAAACAUUCUAACCACUGAGAAUAUCACAUUUAUAAAAGAAAUUGGCACAAAACUGAUGGCAGAAAUUAUUUCUUGUCCUCAACUGUUUGUGAUGCAAGUGGAAAUUGAUAUCUACACUCUUCUGAAGAAGUGGAUAUAUUUGUGCUACAAUCCUGACUGGUCGGGUGAAACGAAAGACUUACUCAAAGAUGCUGAUGCAUUCUUUAAAAAGGAAAUGACAGGAAAACAUGUAUGUUACUUGGAGACAGAAGAAGGGAAGAAGUAUUUUGAGGUGUUUACUGCAAUACGAUGGCAUCAUGUUGUCAAUGAUAUCUCUUCAAUAAAGAUGCUGGAAAAUGAUAGAAUAUUGCCAAUUGGUUGUUUAGACCCCAUGUUUCUAUAUGGAUGGAGAAGAGUUCUGUCUGUGGAGCAAGGGCACGACAAAGGCCCAGAAAGGAAUGUAGAGGAAUCAGUGUUUAAUGACUGCUGUAUAAGAUGUGGGAGAGUGUUGCUCAAGGAAGAUGAUUAUUGCUGGAGAUGGGUGGGGUAUAAUUAUGGAGUUGAUCUCUUGGUAAUCAUAUCAAACAGGAUUGUUACAUUGAAAAGGAACACACAUACAGAGACUUGUUCCCAGGCUGUUAGUUUGCAAGAUAUGAGAUACCUAUGUUACAGAAUGACUAUUUCAUCUGUGGAUAAAGACGGUAAUGAGACAUUCAGGAAGGGAACAGGCAUACGGAAAAUAGGGCUUGGAAAGAAUGAGGAUGAGAUAGUAUUAAUGUUGGACAAGAAUCAGGAGUAUCCACUAGCUGUCAGCAUGAAUCUCUUGUUUCUGUCACCCAGUCCAGAGUGCCCUUUACCAAGACUGAAGAUGCCAGAUGGAUGAUAUUGAGAGUAUUUGAAUAGACAUUGCCUUAUCAGCCUCAGGAUUUGAAAUAUUAAUCACUGCCAAUUUAUUGAUCUCUUUACUGAUUUUAUUAGUUUAAAGAACAGGUAGAGAUGUUGCAGUCACAAUUUAGUCAGCUUCUGUGUCCAUGUCCCAAUUUGGAAUUGGAUUGAAAGUUGAAUCUUCAUAUACUUACUCACUGUGAGAAUCUGACUGGAAUGCACACAUUUCAUAACUUUAUUUUCUAUUUUUACAAAGUUAUGGCCCUUUUUUGACUAAGCAAUUUUUUGUCAAGUUUUUGUUUGUAAACUGAUAUCGCAGUACUCACUUGUAGAAAAUGAAUUGAAACUUUACAUACUUGUUUACUGUAAUGAUCUGACAUGCAGUACCCAGGUUCCAUAACUCAGUUUUGCUUUUUCACAAAGUUAUGCCCCUUUUUAUACGCCCUUGAAUUACUCGAAAAACUGCGAAUUUAGCCUUGUCCGCCUUCUUGAGUCAAACAGUUUUCAUCCAAUCUUCUCCAAAUUUGCUUACAAUGUUUGUGUGCAUAAUAUCUCGGCAAACUUUGAUAACUACCCAAAUCACCCCAGACACUCUUGGAUAAUUGCCCUUGAAUUACUCGAAAUCUGCGAAAUUGGCCUUGUCCAUUCAAACAGUUUUGAUCCAUGGAACCUCACAGAUACCUUGAUUCUCCUUCUUACUCUUUUUUUUUUUUUUUAGCUCACCUGUCACAAAGUGACAAGGUGAGCUUUUGUGAUCGCGCAGCGUCCGUCGUCCAUCUGUCCAUGCGUCCGUAAACUUUUGCUUGUGACCGCUCUAGAGGCCAUAUAUUUCAUGAGAUCUUCAUGAAAAUUGGUCAGAAUGUUCACCUUGAUGAUAUCUAGGUCAAGAUCGAAAGUGGCUCACGUGCCAUCAAAAACUAGGUCAGUAGGUCAAAUAAUAGAAAAACCUUGUGACCUCUCUAGAGGCCACAUUUUUCAUGGGAUCUGUAUGAAAGUUGGUCUGAAUGUUCAUCUUGAUGGUAUCUAGGUCAAGUUCGAAAGUGGGUCAUGUGCCGUCGAAAACUAGGUCAGUAGGUCAAAUAAUAGAAAAACCUUGUGACCUAUCUAAAGGCCAUAUUUGUCAUGGGAUCUGUAUGAAAAUUGGUCUGAAUGUUCAUCUUGAUGAUAUCUAGGUCAAGUUCGAAACAGGGUCAUGUGCGGUCAAAAACUAGGUCAGUAGGUCUAAAAAUAGAAAAAUCUUGUGACCUCGCUAGAGGCUAUACUUUAGAAUGGAUCUCCAUAAAAAUUGGUCAGAAUGUUCAUCUUGAUGAUAUCUAGGACAAGUUCGAAAGUGGGUCACGUGCCUAAAAAGUAGGUCAGUAGGUCAAAUAAUGAAAAAGCGUUGUGACCUCUUUAGAGGCCAUAUUUUUCACGGGAUCUGUACGAAAGUUGGUCUAAAUGUUUAUCUUGAUGAUAUAUAGGUCAAGUUUGAAACUGGGUCAACUGCGAUCAAAAACUAGGUCAGUAGGUCUUGAAAUAGUAAAACCUUGUGACCUCUCUAGAGGCCAUACUUUUCAUGGGAUCUGUAUGAAAGUUGGUCUGAAUGUUCAUCUUGAUGAUAUCUAGGUCAAGUUUGAAACUGGGUCAACUGCUGUCAAAAACUAGGUCAGUAGGUCUAAAAUUAGAAAAAUCUUUUGACCUCUCUAGAGGCCAUAUUUUUCAAUGGAUCUUCAUGAAAAUUGAUCUGAAUGGUCACCUUGAUGAUAUCUAGGUCAGUUUCGAAACUGGGUCAUGUGCGGUCAAAAACUAGGCCAGUAGGUAUAAAAAUAGAAAAACCUUGUGACCUCUCUAGAGGCCAUAUUUUUCAUGAGAUCUUCAUGAAAAUUAGUGAGAAUGUUCACCUUGAUGAUAUCUAGUAAAAUUCAAAACAGGGUCACGUACCUUCGAAAACUAGGUCAAUAGUUCAAAUAAUAGAAAAACCUUGUGACCUCUGUAGAGACCAUAUUUUUCAAUGGAUCUUCAUGAAAAUUGGUCAGAAUUUUUAUCUUGAUAAUAUUUAGGUCAAGUUCAAAACUGGGUCACAUGAGCUCAAAAACUAGGUCACUAUGUCAAAUAAUAGAAAAAAACGAUGUCAUACUCAAAACUGGGUCAUGUGGGAAGAGGUGAGCGAUUCAGGACCAUCAUGGUCCUCUUGUUUGGUUAACAAGGCAUACAACAUCAACAUUAUUACCUUUAUGAUACAUAACUGAAUAUUUAGAUGGGCAUAUUUUGUGACAGUCUGGCACUCUUGUUGGACUUUGUAUUCAUUCAUGUAUUUUUGUUUAGUGACAAGGACUGUGAAAAGUUGGGGGUUGCUUUCCUCUGACAGCACUUGUUUUACAAUGAUAAAUUAGAUGAUAUUAUGUUAAACUUAAAUACUCUUUUGUCUGGAAUUGGUCAUAGUGACUGUAUGUAUAAUAGAUUUUUGCUUUAUCAGAUUCAGGAGUUGAAAAAUCGAAUCACUGCCAUCCAUGUGAUCUCUUUACUAUUAAUGUUUGAUUUAUAUAUUUAGUAAAAGUGUAUGUAAGUAUCACUUCUUCAUAGUAUAGACUAAAAAAUAUUAUCCAUUUUGUAAUGGCCAGUAUGUCGACACUUUAAAACAUGUACCCAGAAAAAGCUUUCUGAAACAUAAAUAGAAGUGGAAAAAAGAGAACAAUGACUGAUAAGAAUGUAUUUUAAUAUCCCGUUUCUGAAGCGGUUUUGGCUGAAUGACAUCGGCAUUCUUUCAAUUGAAAGGCACAACCAUAUAUUGUAAUUCUGUAACAAAUGUUAUAUUUAGUAUGUCAAAAUAGAAUUUUAAUCUUACAAAAAGAGUAAGACAUAUAUACCAUGAAAUGCAUGUAAAAGUCUGAUUUUAAUCGUAUUCAGCAUAAUAGUAAUUGCAAUAAAACAUUAUUUGGUUAUAUUGAUAUUAACAAACAGCAAUGGUGUCGGUGCCAAAACAAUUGGCUGCGUUUCAUUGUAUGUUUAUUAUUCUUCUUUUUUUGUUUGAAUUCCAAUUUCCAUUAAAUGUUUCUCUAGUCUUAUCUUAAGAUAUAAACUUUAAAAUAUUGAAAGUGUUCCUCUUUAAGUGUUGAAGUGAUUAAGACUAAAAGUCAAAUGUUGUGUAAGAAAUGUUUUUGUUGUCUUCGUUUAACCAGUUCUGAAAGCAAGGUAUGCUAUUCCGUGUUAAUAAUUAUUUUAUGCCUAUUUUUUUCUAAUGGAGGUUCAAUGUUUAUAGGUUACUAGACUUGUAUCAAGAAAUAUGCACAAGUUCUGCAGCAGAAGUAUUGUGCGACUUUAGGAGCCCAAUUUCAUGCCGCAAAAAAAUGAGUGCAUAUUUCUUGAUGCAAAUCUAAUAAUCUUUUUAUUACAUACACAUACUAAAAUUAUGAUUAUUAUAAAGUUAUAUAAAUUUGUUCUUUAGCCUGAGUAAAAUCGAAGAUAUUGUCAUUAAAGAACUUUUAAACAUGCAUAAACCUUACGUCACAAAUGACGUCAAGCACCAGAUAUGAAAUUUGAACAUCAGUAUAUUGGCGUUUUAGGUUCCACUGUAACUUGACAGAGUUUUCAAACGAGUAUGUAAUAAAUGAGAUUUACAGUAUUGGUGUAGAUUUGUGCAGUAGAAGUUAUGUUCAGAUGUGUGUUUAGGUUUGUUUAAUAGGCACAAUGAAAGUGGGUUAUAGUGAACUUGUCAGACCUGAAGAACUUUGUUCCUUGACACUAAGGUUCUGUAUAUCCGUGUAGAGAACCUAUCUUUACAUCCAAGGUUAUAUAAUGAACAGUUUGUUUUAUACAGAUGACCUGAUUCAAACACCUGGUCAGCUGGUUACUGGUUAGAUCAACAUCACAUCUAUAUGGAAUCUAACUUCAACAGUCGUGUAAACAGUAGUAACUUUUUGUAUCUCCAGUAAUGGAUUUGGAAGAGAAGCUCUUACAAGAUACAUGCACAGUUUAUUUUUGACAUUUACCCUUCUGAAAGACAACACUGUAACUAAAUAGGAUUAAUUGAAUAUUAAUGUAGAGACCAAUAUUUUCUUAAUUCCUGAACAUUUAAUACAUUUAAUGGUUCAGAAUUUCUACUUGUACAUUUACAUGUAAUUAGAAAUCUAAUAAAAAUGAGGUGUUUGUAGUGGCAUAUAUAGAUGAAAUAAAUGCUUGAUAGAAUUGAAUUUGGUAUUGACAAAUGUCAUUUAAUGACAGUUAAAUUGCAACAUAUUACUAGAUAACAACAUCCAUAUACAAGUUCUUUGAUUUUUAGCUAGAAAGAAUGAUUUAAUUACACACAUUUAUUUCUUUUUUAGACUUUCAAAUAUAACACCAAUAAGCUUACCUUGUUAAUGUAUUUUUGCAGUCUUAGUUUGAUUUAAUGUCAGGUGGUCUGUCUUUGAUGCAAUGUAAGCCAUUUCUUUCAUCUUUGGUAAAGUGCGUAUUGUUAAACUAGGUCAGAUCAUAGAAAUAUCUUGUAAACUGUCAACAGGCCAGUUUCAAACUGAUAUUUGUGAGCCUUGGUUAGAAAAUUGUCUGUUUAAAAUCUAGUAUAAUUUGUAACUGGGUCACUUUGGAAAAAAACUAGGUCUUUAGGUCAAAUCAAAGAAAAGAUUUGUUACCAUUUUAAAGGCCACUAUUUCAGCUUGAUCAUCAUAAAUUUCUGUCAGAAUUUUUGUCUGUAUGAAAUCUAGGUCAAGGUCAAAAGUGAGAUACCCUAGGUCAAAAACUGUCACUAGGUCAUUGAAAAACUUGGCUUAUGGUCUAUUUGAUUUACAUGAAACAUGGUCAAAAUGUUUGUAUGAAAUCUAGGCCAAAUCAGGUGCUAGGUUAUCUUGGGUAAGGACUUGGUCAGGUGAGCAGUACAGAGUCUCUGGGGCCUUCUUGUUAUAUUGUUACUAACACUUCAGAGUGUUUUUGUACAUGUACAUAUUUUACAGACUGCACAAGUUGAUUUUCUAAAAAAAUGCUAAGAAGAUACUUUUUUGUUUUAUUAACCUUUAGCAUGCUAGAUAAAUUGUCGUCUGCUGGAAAUGUCGUCUGCUAAAAUUGUAAAGUUCAUUCAAUUUGCUCCAAAAUUGGAAGAAAUAUUGUCAGAGUAGCAAACAACUUGGAACCUGAUCAGACGCCGAUUAAUCGGCGUCUGAUCCGGUUCCAAGCUGUUUGCAAAGGCUGUUAAAUUCGCCUGCAGCAGGCUAAGGGUUAACAUGGAGAAGUUACUUACGGAGAACAUGAAUGUACUGGUACAGAAUCCAGGAACACAGAUUAGGCUAACUAUCCACUACUAUCCACUGUUACAUAAAUGUAAUACUGUCUAAAAAAUGACACUAAACCAAAAAAUAAACAGAACUGCCAGACUAAUGGUAACUAACUUGUUCUAGAUUUCAAAUAAAAUUUAAUAUAAAUCUGAAGGUAUGUCCCUUCAAACUCAUUCUUUUUAUUGGUCUUCUUAUAAACAUAUUUACUAGAAUACAUACAUAAAUUCAAUACAUCUAUGUUUAAAAGGCCAGACACUUUUACAAAAAUCAUGUUGCAAACAAUUCAAUACAUAUUACCAGUAAUUAGAAUUUUUAUGACGGAUUGGUUUUGCUUGAGUGUCAGUUUGAAUUAUGUGUUAUUGAUUGAAAAAUUCAAUAUUAUGUUUGUGCAUAUUCAGUUUAACAUUUUGUUGAUUUAUUGAACAAUAAAAUUUGUACUACAGA